UGAAUGUUGGAGUGUUUCCGGGUGAUGCCCAGAUUUGUCAAAUAGCCUAUGCAUGGCAUGGUUGACAAGAUAGCGAGCUUACACGGAAAAGCGCGUUAAAGUUCUUUCACCAGCUUAAUAUAAAAGUAAAAUUGGCAACGUUUUACAAAAAAUUGUGACUACUGUCACUGUAGCCCACUGUCUUUACUUUGCUGCGGUGAAAAGAAAAUUCACCACAUUUGCCACUGCUCCAGUUUAGCUCCAAAGCUUAAACGCUGCUCCUCGAAAAUGGCGGACGUAACGGAGAAGAGCCUGGACGAUUUUUUCGCAAAGCGGGAUAAAAAGAAGAAGAAAGAGAAAGGAAAGGGCAAGGAGGCGGCCCCAGCACCAACAUCAUCUGUGCUCAAAAAGACCAAAAAGGAGAAGGAAAGGUCAACGAAAAACGAAAAUCAGGAGGCACAGAUAGAAAAGGAGGACGAAGAGUGGAAAGACUUUGAGCAGAAAGAAGUAGAUUACAGUGGUCUCAGACUCCAAGCUUUACAGAUAAGUGAUGAGAAGGAGGAAGAGGAGUAUGAGAAAGAGGAGUUUGGUGAGGAUGGAGAAAUUAUCCUGGUCAGUGGUGACAAAGUGUCGGGGCCCUGGAACAAGUCUGGAGCUGCUCCAGCCCCAGCUGCACCCAUAGAGGAGGUUGAGGUUCCCGAGUCAAAGCCUACGGGUGUAUAUCGCCCUCCAGGGGCUCGGAUGUCCACUACCAAGCGAGGUCCCAGCCAGGGUCCUCCUGAGAUCUUCAGUGAUGCUCAGUUCCCCUCUCUGCUCUCCACCGCCAAACAUGUAGAGACACGCAAAGACAGAGAGAUGGAGAAGACUUUUGAGGUGGUGAAACACAAGAGCCGCGGUAGAGAAGAGAACAGCGGCGCAGCCAUGCAGCACCUGCAGCUAGAUAACCAGUACGCCAUCUUGGGGGACAAGUAGAGCUGCCGUCCCCCUCCGUCCCCUGGCCCCUCCAGCAGGGUCUUGUGCGGCCCCUUCUGUAAGGAAGCUGAACUCCAGCUGUGUGGACUGUGCAGUCCUGACCCAGCUCACGCUGCCGCCAUCAACCAACGCACACACACAUACAUACACACACACAUACACACUCACAGUGACACUCCCUUCAAAAAUUUUACACCAACACAAAUUAAGUCGGCAAAUCUGAAGGACAGUAUCUUGAAGGGGCUGCUCAGAGAGGGAGUCACGGAAUCGGGAUCAACAGCGACCUACACCCAAACAUACGAAAGUGCAGCAACGGCAGAAAAAAAAACAGCGCACAUGUCCCUUUGUGGUUUGUCCUCAGAGAGCGUGAAAAUGUCUCUCUGGAUUUCAACUUUUGCUUUGAUGAGGCCACAGAGGAUCCAAGAGGAUGGUUUUACAAACUUCUGUGAAAAUCGAUCUCUGUUUCCUUUCCUUUUUUUUUUUUUUUUGCAACAUUUAACAAACCCCACACAGUCGUCUGGAGGAGUUUGGGGAGUGGAGGAAACUACCUCAGCAACAGCAAACCUGGUGGUGACCAUGUGUGGACUGAGCCUUGUUUUGUUUUUUGUUUUUUUCUACCGGUGGUGGUGAAUGGGGCAAACAUCAGCCCCGACAGCUGAACGCUGGGUUCUUCGACAAAAUAAAAACUUGAAGCUUUUUUUUUCCUGCAGAGUUGGAUGGACAAAGAAAGGAAGAGGUUUGGAUCAUUUAUUUACUAUUCCUAUAAAAGUGGCCUUACUGCAAGAGGGGAAAAAACUGCUCUGUCAUCUGAAGAGAACUUAGCUCUGUGGUCUCGGGGGAGGAAGGGGGCUCCUGUCUGCUUCUGGAUCUCACCACUUUAGGAAGAAAAAAAUACAUGCAAUUGGGGGGGGGCUCUUUCGUUCUGAGAAUGUAGUGCUGAUGUAGUUUUGCCUGGUGAUGACAAAUACUAACCGUGGUUCAUUUUGUUUUUUCUGCUCUUAUAUUUCUGGUAGAGGGAGGAAUCACUGGAGAUAGAAUCUUAUCCAGAUCCAUUUUCCUGAACAUCAGUUAAAUUUUUGUUCUACUAAUGUUACAUUUUCUUCUAGUCAGAGGUUUUUUUCCUCUAUCUCCUCGUCAUAAAACCAUCGUUAAACCUAUUUUGUGCAUAAUUUCAUUUCAGUAGAUUAACAACAAGUCCUGGGCUGUAAAUACGAUUUCUUACCUGCCAACCAAUCCGCUGUUCCUAGGAGAGGUAAUACCGAUGAUGUUGGUGACUGUGUUUAGAAAGGUAAAGAACUGCAUUUAUGUUUGAUGCUUUCCAUUGACAAUGUCAGAGAGUGUUGACCCCUGCUGGUGGAGAGAGAAUAUCUGAGGUGAAGAAGAUAAAUCUAACGCAAAAUAAUAAAUAAAGUGAUCCUCUUGA